CUCCAUCUCUCCCUCCCUCUCUCUCUCUCUCGCAGAACAGACACUUCCUUGUAGGUAACAGACGCAUUCCGCUCCCGCCCGUCAUGGGUUCGGAAACGCCGAGGAGUACCCGAGCACUGUGUCAAUUAUUUGGUGCACAAGGCAAUCGCUGCUGAGCUCAUGGAUGGUUUGAGAAAAAGGCUUGCAGAAUUAUUACCUCCAAAUACAUCCAUGCGCGCUGACAUUGAGCAACAGAUCGAGAAGCUGCUUAAGAGUCACCAGACUCCUGAGCAUCCGCCCUACGCUUUGAUGAUUCGCCAGGCAAUUGAGACACUAAAUAAGGAGGGCGGAUCAGAUGAGGCGGCAAUAUCGGAGAGGAUCAAACUUGAGUAUGAGAGCUUGCCUUGGGGACACAAAAGUUUACUGAAUCAUCAUUUGAAGAAACUCACUAGGGAGGGAGAGCUUGUCCGCGUAUCUGCUGAUCGGUAUAUGUUACCUCCGGAGGAAAGUGUUUCCAUUGGCAUGGUCGAACAGAAGCAGGAACAUAAAGGGAAGAAUCUGCAGAAGGAAGAAAGUGCCAAUCAGCAUAAACUUCCAAGAAAUGGUGUGUCACGAAUACGAUCUCCUAGGAAGAAGAAUUUCAAAAUUCGACAAAGUCUCAAACGGAAGGUAGCAGAAACUGAAGUGGGUUCUGAAGCUGUGGGUGUGUCUGAAGAGGUCGAAGAGCGAGAUCAGCUGCAAGAAGGGCAGAUUCAGGUUAAUGAACGGCCAAAGCCUGUGCUUGCAAAUUCCCCAGGCCAAGAAAAGUUAUCGGGAAUCAGAGUGAGUGAGGAGAUGCACCAGGUUUGUGAAGAACAAGAGCCUGAGAGAAUAGAAGUUGCUGUCAACGAGCCAGUUCAAUUGCAAGGACAACACAUUCUGGAGAGUGAACUGCUGAAACCUGAGGGGACUAAUCGUCCAAGGCAAGAAAAGAUAUCAGAUAUUGAAGCAAGUGAAGAGACAUGUCAAGUUUGUGAAGAACGAGCUCAUGAGGAAAUGGAAGACGCUGAUCAAGCCCUCAAGGCAAAUUCUCCUGCAGUUGAAGGAGACAGAACGGAUGGCCGACGAGACGAAGCAGCAGUUGGAGAUGUGAAACAGGGGGACCAUCAACCAAGUGAAUUGGUUGAAGGGUCAGAAGCUGAAGAAGAGCAAAAUGGUGAGGUUAAUAUUCCAAAGCAAGUGCAGGAAGAAUCAGAUCACUUGCUCGUAAAAGAUGAUCGGGUCGAUAUGCAAGAAAUCUGUUGGCUUCCUGACAAGCGGAAUCAGGAAGAUGAGGAUCCUGAAAAUGUUACAGUAGAAAAGGAGAUCGAGAAAGAACCUCAGGAUGCUUUGGUUGAAGGCCAGCGUGUUGAAAUGAACCAGGAGCAAAACCAACAAGGAAAACUGCAGACCACAGUUACUGGCCCAGUGCUCUUGUUGCAAGAAAUGGAGACAGCACUAGAACGAAUUGAGAAGUUGAUUGAAUCACAGGGAGAGCAAGAUGCUGCGGUCACAGAUGCAGUCAAACAGCAAGAGAAGCAAGCCGAAGCAGGGAACAAGAUUGCCGAUAACAGACAACAGGAGCACAAAAAUGUUCCUGAGAGCACUCUGAUUCCUUCCAGCCCUUGUCAACGUUCAAGGGAAGUUGGGUCUUCAAUUUCUCCAGAGGACAAGUGCCUUGAACUGCUGAAGAGGAUCAAUGGGAUCUUUGAUAUUUUGAAACCGGUCCUUGCACAGCACAGGUCAGCAAACGCAAGUAUUGAGACUCUGCUGGGUGGUGACAAAAAAGGAACUCGAUCGCUAGUAGAAACUGAAGUUCCUGCGGACCGGCAGCAAAAGUCAGAGGUCUGUGCUCCAUCAGAGGAAGUCAUCACCCAGAGCAUGGAAAACUCAGAUUUCUUUGAAGCAAUGGAUGUAAUGCUGAUCGAGGCGGAACUGCAUUUUUAUCGUUCUCAUAAUUCCAAAAGGCCUCCAGAAUGUGCAGUGACAACUCUUGAGAAUCUAUCGCAGAGGCAGGAAAAGCAGCCAAAGCUUUCUGAGCAACGAGAUGUUGAGAAUUUUUCCGGUACUUCAUGUGUGCUAGAAUAUCGUCAGCAGCUUCUGGACGAGCGAGGAUACGAGAUUCCAAAAGCAUCAGAAGCAAAUUCUGCUGAAGGAAGGACCCCUCUUUUAUCGUCCGUGGGAGGAAAAUCUUCUGUUACUAGGCCUCUAGUGGCUUCCCCGACAGCUGAAAACGACAAGGAAGCAGAGGCCUGCAAUGUGGAUUGGGAGCAGCAAUUAAAUCCUCCAGGGGGAGCAGUUAAAGUUCUGGUAAUUUCUUCUGAACGGGAGAAUGAGGAGGCUACUGUGCUGGGAAAUGAGCCCACAAGGCCUGAUCUGUCAACAGAGCUUCAGUUGGGAAGUUCUGUGCCACCACCUCAGGCGAAGCAAAAGGAAGGAUUCAUCCUCGUUAAAGAGGGAAACCAACCAGACCUCAAGAUCGUGGAGCAGCAUCAAAAAAGCCCAACUCCACAAGAUAUGAACCCUGAUAGGCUGAAACAACAAAGGAGGUUGCUGACUUGCAGUCAGCAUAAGCAGUUUGAGUCCAAGGCAAAUGCUAUACAUAGAUUAACUGAAGAUUCCUCGACUCUACUGGCUUCCCAGCCAGCUGAAAACGACAAGGAAACAGAGGUCUGCAAUGUGAAGGGGGAGCAGCAAUUAAAUCCUCCAGGUGGAGCAGUUAAAGCCCUGGUAUUUUCUUGUGAAUGGGAGAAUGAGGAGGCUACUGUGCUGGGGAAUGAGCCCAUAAGGGCUUAUCUGUCGAGUUCUAUGCCGCCACCUCAAGAGAAGCAAAAAGAAGGAUUCCUCCUUGUUAGAGAGGGAAGCCAACCAGACCUCGAGAUCAGGGAGCAGCAUCAAGAAAUUUCAGCCCUACAAGAUAUGAACCCUGAAAGGCUGAAACAACAUGAGCAACAGCUAUAUGAAAGUUCCCUGUUUAAACCGCCGGUAUUGGGCAGGGAAAAGCUGGAGCCCUUGAAGCCAGCUGAACUGCAAAAGCUGCUCGUACAGCCUAAAGAUUCGCUAACACCUCUUCACACUCCAACAAAGUCGUCCAUUGGUGGGCAAGAGUCAAGGUAUUACAAGACCAAACUGCGCCCCCGGGUCAUAUCUUCUCCGCCUGAGGCUGUGACAGGGUUGUCAGAGUGCAAGCAGAGAGGAGAGAAGAAGCCUGCUCGUGUUGGCAGGCCUCGAAGAAUGAAGAAUGAAGCAGGAGAAAAAUCGCCCCCUCUCACUCAGAAACAGCUCGGGAAGCCGACUAAUGCAGGAGAAGAGCCGCCUUUCAAUCAGAAACGGCGGGGAAGACCUCCAAAGCGAAAACAAGAUGCUGAUGCUGCCAGAGCCGGUGCCGGUGCCGGUGCAGGCUCAGCAUCCCCACUCCGUCAGAAGUGCCAAGGGAGGCCACCUAAACAGAAACCAGCUCUGGCUAUUGCCAUGGAGGAACCAAAGCCUCUGCUUUAGCUUAGAAGCUUCCGUCUUGGUGAUUUGUGCACCCGAUCAAAUGGAAGGCCUCGCCUUGCUGACAUUAAGGGGGUAUUUUGUUCUUGUUUUGGCUUUGGAACUUAAGUGCAGAGAAACUAUACUGUCUUUUGUUUUGUUGAAUGGGUAAAUAGAAACUAUGAAGCCCAUGAAUAUGAAUAGAUAAGGUAACUGAAUGCGAUAGUCCUUCAUCAACCUGUGGAGGCCUACUUAACCGAAUCUAAGAUAGGGACCUUGAGGGUGUUUACCUGACACGUGGUGCCCGAUGCGACAAUCUAACAGCGAAUUGACACUUGGCAUGACAAGCAGGUAAACAAUGACGGACCUGGCAGUUUUUUCCUAUCAGGUACGAGGUGACGGUAGUUUUUUCCUAUGCUUGUAACGGUCUUGAGACACAUUAGAAGUUUUUCUUUUGUCUUAUGGGGCUAAGGCUUUGAUGA